CAGAUUCCGAGUUCCGAGGCGCGUGUCGAAUGCUCAGUAGACCUUGCGGACAACAGCCUGAGCCGAUCGGACACUCUAGCCCAGAUGUUGCAGAAUCUGCGCGAAACAUCGUUGCAUGUCACAACUCUUCGGCUGUACAAAAACCGCUACGACGACUCUGCAGCAACUGCCUUGGCAGAUCACAUUUGCGAAGCCGCUGCGCAACACCGACCAUUGAUGCAGCUGCAUGUGAGCAACAAUUGUUUGACGGAGGCCGGAGUGCGGCUCUUGAUUGAAGCUGCGCACCGCAGCCAAGGGUAUCCUCGCUCGACGAACUCCCCAGAGUUGAAGAGCUUGGGUCAAGACUCUGGCCGCCGCGCAUUGUGGCUACGUGUGGAGAACCAAGACCCGCCCAUUGCUCGACCACAAGACCUUCUGGACGAAUGCAAUUCCGCAGGCAUUCCAGUUUGCGUGCUGGCGGAAGGGUCUGGGCACAGGCUUCCCGCAGGCGCUGUGGUUCAGAUUCAUCCGUGCUUUUCCAAGCGUCUUGCUACAG